AUGGCUGCUAAGUAUGGGAGCAAAUACAAGAAGGAAGGCAAUAACCAGGGUUGGGGUCCUGAGAAGCCUCCCUCAGGGGAGACUAUCAGGGCCAAGUCUGAAGGAGGGCUCCUGAAAGACCAGAGCAUUCGGAGAAGCAAGAAAGAGGAAGGGCGCAGGGAAUCCCAGAAAGGCAGAGGCAGUGAUUCUGGGGAGAAGGCUGGAGAGGAGAAGCCCUCUGGCAGGGGCCAUGAAGCUAAAGGAGAGGCUGGGCCUGGGGAAGGCUCCCAGCCUGGCCUGGCUCCUGGCCACCGAAGGCUGUCCCAUCGGCACCGGGGCGAUUCUCAACACGACCCUGCCCACAAGGCUUACUGGCCCCUGCUGAACAGUGUCUUUGGCAAGGAUCGGGAACUGGGCCCUGAGGAGCUGGAUGAGCUGCUCGAGGCCUUCAAUGAGUUUGACACUGACCAAGACGGCUAUCUCGGCUACCGUGAGCUGGGGCCCUGCAUGCGGACGCUGGGGUACAUGCCCACAGAGAUGGAGCUCAUUGAGAUCUCGCAGCAUGUCAAGAUGAGAAUGGGCGGCUGUGUGGACUUUGAAGAAUUUGUGGAGCUGAUAGGGCCAAAGCUCCGAGAGGAGACGGCACACAUGUUGGGCAUCCGGGAACUUCGCAUCGCUUUCCGAGAGUUCGAUGCAGACAGGGAUGGCCGGAUCACUGUGGCUGAACUGCGGGCUGCUGCCCCUUCACUGCUAGGGGAGCCUCUGGUGGGGGCUGAGCUGGAAGAGAUCCUUCGAGAGGUCGAUCUCAACAGAGAUGGGCACGUGGACUUUGACGAGUUCGUGAUGAUGCUGUCCGCCCGCUAG